UGCCUGGGGGCACGAGGCGGGCCAGUGAAGCGAGAUCAUGUGAGAGUCCACGCGCCGAAAGUAGGUUAGACUACAGAGAAGCGCAGAAGCAGAGAGGGAAAGAGAAGAAGAGGGCAUCAUUUUAUUGCAUAGCUGACAAGAGCGCGCAUUUACGCAGGGAAAAAAAAGCCUAUGAUGGAGCGGAAUUUACUCUGAACAACCGGAUAAGAAGAGCAAGUAGGCAGUGCAAUAACUUAUGAGGUUUAGUUGUUAUUGUCUUACAACUGCUCUGUUUUGGAGUUUUAAAAUUUUCACCUGAGUUUUACUUUCGGCGCUGUUCAAAUGUGCUGGAGUUAUAUUAUCAUUCGCAGAUAAUAUAGCAUCAAAAUGAGAGCUCAAAUCGAAGUAAUCCCAUGCAAGAUUUGCGGGGACAAGUCAUCGGGCAUCCACUAUGGGGUGAUCACUUGUGAAGGCUGCAAGGGCUUCUUUCGCCGAAGUCAGCAGAACAAUGCGAUUUACUCUUGCUCGAGGCAAAGGAACUGUCUUAUUGACCGAACCAAUCGCAACCGCUGCCAGCACUGCCGUCUACAGAAGUGUCUGGCACUGGGCAUGAGCCGCGAUGCGGUGAAGUUUGGCCGCAUGUCAAAAAAGCAGCGCGACAGCCUCUAUGCCGAGGUUCAGAAGCACCAGCAGUCCCAGGAGCGGGCAGGGGGUCUGAGCAAUGGUGUACCCGGUCACACUGGUGAUGAGGCCGGGGAGAACGGCAGCAGCCACGGCCGGGCCUACAGCCGGGGCUCCAGCACCACCCUUAGCGACCUGGAUGACAUAACCACGCUACCAGACGGUCUCCUGUUUGAUCUGCCGCUCACACCAGAGGAAGCUGCCGACUACUGCAGCCUAGAGCUGCUGGGGGGAAGCGGUGGCAGCAGUUCGUCCUCCCAAAGUUCUCCUGAGCCCAACAGACAUGAAUUUAGUGAUGUGACACACAUCAAACACGAGUACCAGACCCUGCAUGAAUCGGGACUCUUCACUCGCUCAUUACUUAACCCACCUGAAGGCUGUUCCUUGAUGGAAAUUGAACGGAUUACACAGAACGUGGUAAAAUCCCACAUCGAGACAAGUCAGUACAGCUCAGAAGAACUGAAGAGAUUGGCUUGGACCCUCUAUACACCUGAGGAGAUACGUGUCUACCAAAACAAGUCGACAGAGUUGUUGUGGCAGCAGUGUGCUGUGCACAUCACGAACGCCAUCCAGUAUGUGGUGGAGUUUGCCAAGCGUAUAUCUGGAUUCAUGGACUUGUGUCAAAAUGACCAGAUUAUCCUUCUGAAAGCAGGCUGCUUGGACGUGCUAUUGAUCCGAAUGUGUCGGGCCUACAACCCAAUCAACAACACGCUGCUGUUCGAUGGAAAGUUCACAAGCCCGCAGCUCUUUAAAGCGCUCGGUUGUGAUGAUCUGGUGAGUGCUGUGUUUGAGAUGGCUAAAACCUUGAGCCGGCUACAGCUGUCUGAAGAGGAGAUGGCUCUGUUUACUGCCACUGUGCUUCUGUCUCCAGACCGACCUUGGUUGACAGAUGCCCAGAAGGUGAAGAAACUUCAGGAGAAGGUCUAUGUUGCAUUGCAACACUGUCUUCAUAAAAGUGGUGCCCAUGAGGAGAAACUGGCAAAGAUGUUGUCCAAAUUGCCCAUGAUGAAGUCUAUUAGCAACCUCCAUAUUGAUAAGCUGGAAUUUUUCCGCCUCCUUCACCCAGAAACUGCCUACAACUUCCCUGCUCUCUACAGAGAGGUUUUCUGCAGCGAGAUCACCUUCCCAGACUCCACUGAGGGCUAACAUUCAUUGAAGUGUCAUAAUGGCUCUGAUGAGGGGUAGAGAAAGUAAAAGAAAGACAGGGAAUGGAAAUAGGAGGUAGAUGGAUAUGUGUUUGAAAAAAACCAGCAACACACUGACAAUCUUGCACGUUACACUUUAGGACUCCAUCUAUAACCUCCCUCCUGAUGGAGUGAUUCACUCCUCUAUUUGAACAGGACCCAGAUUUCUCAUGAGACACUGUUAAAUGACAGCAGUCAUUUAAGGUGCUGGUUACUAUUACUUAUGCUACCUACAUAUAGAGACUCAAACAGAGUACAUGAUGUAUAUUUGAUUGAAAAGAGUACUCGAUUAAACCUAAAGCUCAGAUCUCCCUUAAAAAUGAAGUGCUUGAAAAGUGGAUAUUUCCCUGCACCAUUUUCAAAGUACUCUUAGGAAGAGAACUAUGAAUGUAACCCAGCUGACAUGUGGCAAAGCCUCAGGAUUAAGACAGAAUGUAUUAUGUAUUCCUGCCCCAUAUGUAAAACAAGCUCUUGAGACUUGGUUUCUGUAAAAGAACAGUUUUGAAUCCAUGAGAAACUGUUUAAUGGGACCAAUGCAUACACGCCUGAGGUCGUAAACGCCGCAUGAGCACCUUCGUGUUCACAGACUCAACACUAACAUACAGUGCACUGCACAGUGGUGUGUUGUCUUUUGAGCUCUUUAUUUUUGCAUAUAAAUUUAAAAGAUGCAACUAAACUAACAAAAACCUCAUCCUUAUUACCCUUUCCCUCUCAAAUGCCACUUGGAUAAAGAUAAUAUUUUGAUAUCCUCAUUUGAUCAGAAACCACAUGUAUGUAGAACGAUAGAUGUAUUUGAGAAUAUAUUUAUAAACAGAGCCUGUAGAUAGCAUAUGUAGGCAGAGGACUAACUAAAUAGAAAGUUGCACCUUAGAGUGAAUGUUCUCAAGCCCCUUCAAAGACUUUCCAACCAUAGCUGUGGAAUUCUGGACUGACAUGGGGCUGGAGUUGGAAUUGGAAAGACAUGCUGAUACAGGCGGAGAGCACUUAAAUACUCCACACAAAAAAGGACUUUGCAGGGGCAGGACUUUGCUGUCGCCCCACAAUAGAAGGCGGAAAGACAAUGGCACUGUGAGAGAGACUUUCUGCAGUCAGAUCCUCCAUGUGAGCGUGUAGCAAACCACUCAAACGGAGAACGCAAAGAACACUGAAGUAAGCGGCUAGAAGGAACCAUAUUUUUUAGAGACAACGGACAACCUGAGCUCGCCGUCAAUCGCAAGGAUACCAUAGAAAUGUUGUAAUUUGGACUUUUUCUGUUUCAGCUGUGAGGAUAAAUGGAUUCACAGGCCAUACCUCAUGCUUUGUAUUGUAUCUGAUGUGGGGAUCAGUGUUGUGUUGUUGUGUGAUUUUUUUUUUUUUCUCGUCAUCCCUUUAUCCUUUGUGUUCACAUAUAGCACAACUAUUGGUUGACAGAGCCAUCAGCUACCCCCCUGAGUUAGGGAAUACUAUGGUUAGUUUGUGUUCCGAAACUUGCAGUUCAAUACAAAGGACAAAAAAAGUAUCUGCUAUCUGUCCGUGUAAUAGCAGCCUCCAUUCUUCUGAGUCAGAAAGUCAAGAUUGGUCUCAGUGGAGAUUUAGGAGUGGAAACAGAAUAGCAACUGAAGCUCCAAGGAGGGCUUUUCAAAAACCCUUCAGUGCCCAGUUCUAGCUUUGUGAGAUUGCAGGGUAUGAAAGAUGUUGCGAAUGUUAAGUAUCAACCUCUAGUUUCCUGACAGUAACAAGCUUGCCUCAUUUUUGCACUGCUGGAACAGUGCCUAGCUGUAUAUUUUCUUGUAAGAUUUUAUAUAGUUGGUAUAAUACACAUUUUCUGGGUGCUUCAUACAGUAUCAUAAUGUCUGCUCGUGCAAUAAUCAGUCUUUCCAUUUUUAGUAUUGACGGCCCUCACAAGCCAAGGAUCUCCUUGGAUUUCAUAAGCACUCCAGCUCAGAUCAUUUAACACCUCCUCGCUAAGUUCUGUCUACACUCGAAGUUUUUUUUAUUAUUUUUUUUACGCUUUUCUAGUAUUAACUGACUUCAAUUGACGUGUGAAGGCAGAGAAAGAUUGUAACAAAGUGCAAGUACUUUGUAUAAACCAUUUAGAUUUUUGUGGAGUGUAAUUCGCAGCCCUACAAACUGCCACAAGCGUUCGACCCGUCCUUGAGGGUAGUUCUGGAAGUGUGCGUUUACAUCUACACUCAGUCACUCAGGGAGAUAGCUGGGUUCUCUGUCCAAAAAUGUCUUCAGUUAGCCUAGCAAGACACCUUGCACCAAAUAGAAGACCUUAAACCUUGAUCACUGUGUACGGUAACUUUUCUUGUGAAUGUUAAUUGCAGAAGUAUCAAAGACUUUUACCCCUGUCUUAUAUCAGUGCUAUUGGAGAACUUUUUCAGUUUGACUUGCUUAAAAAAGAGUUGGAUCAAAACUAUUUGAAUCUAGUGUUGUGUUUUUUAUUUGUUUAUUUUUGUGAUAUUUUCUUUCUUCAUUUUGGUCAUUUUCUGUAACCGCUAUUUUCUCACCCUUCUAGUGUCAUCCUUUGUCUUGAAGAAUUAAAAUCCUAUUUUUUUAAAGAGCAUUUUUAAGCAGAAAUUCCCCUAAAAGAGUCCUCAUUCUUUGCCAUGAUCCUUCUGUCGUUUCUGUUUUAACUUUAUUUUUAAGUAAAUAAAUCAUAUUAUAGAUUUUAAGGAAUAUAAUUUUAUGGUAUAUUAUGGAUACAGAGAAUAAAACAAACACAUUAAAGAGUUAUUGUACAAUGAGGAUUAAACACAUGGAUUACAGAAUGUAAUAAAAGUCUUUUUACUUUA